AUGGCAGAAUACGAGGCGGAAUUGCAGACGGGGCCCUUACGGCUGAAAAGCAGGGCUGGCGUGGCCGCCCCAGGCAAGCGGAAGAAGAAAAAGGACAAAGAUAAAAGCAAAAUUGUGGAUCAGAUUGUGAGCAGCAAAAACCAGGAGGAGGAGGAGGAGAAAAAGCGAACUCUGGACAAGCGGACUCCAGCACAGCUAGCCUAUGAGAAGAUGCAGGAGAAGCGGCAAAUGGAACGGAUUCUGAAGAAAGCCUCCAAAACCCACAAACAGAGAGUCGAGGACUUUAACAGGCAUCUGGACACUCUGACGGAGCAUUAUGACAUCCCCAAAGUCAGCUGGACUAAAUGAGGGUCUUUCAUCGUCUGGCUUCUGGAGGGAUAAAGAAAAGCGAGCUGAUGUGUUUGUGGAUGCACACGCUCUUCCUCCAGCUGUUUUGGCUGCACACGCUCCCAAGGAGAGUUACUUCAGUCUCAGGCCAUUCAUUUCAUUGGGCUUCGACUGGAGCAACUAUGCAUGGAGUGCACUGAUGAUCUCAUGGGAUUUUUAAAGAAACAUAAUGUCUGCGGUCUACAAAAAGUCUAUGGUGUAACUUGUAUGUUUGAAACACUCUUUGCAGCUAUAUUCUUAAUGUAUCCAAGUGUAAUUGUCUUCAACUACAAAAUGUUUGGCUUUUGCUUUUGGGAAGAAAGUGAGAAGAUUAAAUAAGUAUUGAUUCUUCAUCUCCA